GCGCAUACUGUGUCGUCAUCAGGAGACGACGCUCAGCACCAACUCGUCCCAUUUGCUCCUCCGGCCAAGCGGCUUGUUGCGCCCUCUUUAGCCCCGCGUCCACGAGAGCAUUCCCGAUGGCCUCUCCGCUUAAAGUGUGCAUCGUCGGCUCCGGAAACUGGGGCUCGGCCAUCGCCCGGAUAAUCGGACACAACGCCACGUCGCUGCGUUUCGCCACCACGGUGAAGAUGUGGGUGUUCGAAGAGAACGUCAACGGCAGGAAGCUCUCUGACAUCAUCAACACGGAGCACGAGAACGUCAAGUACCUACCCGGAUACAAACUGCCCGACAAUGUGGUGGCUGUCCCGGAGCUGCGUGACGCUGCAAAGGGAGCUGACCUGCUAGUGUUCGUUGUCCCCCACCAAUUCAUCCGCAGUCUUUGCGACGAGAUGGUGGGCUGCGUCUCGGCCAAAGCCCGGGGAAUAUCACUCAUAAAGGGCAUAGACGCAGGUCCUGGGGGCCUGACCCUCAUCUCCGACAUCAUCCGGGAGAAGAUGGGGAUGGACGUCAGCGUCCUCAUGGGAGCAAACAUUGCAAACGAAGUGGCCGCCGAGAAGUUCUGUGAAACCACCAUCGGCAGCAGGAUCCUAGAGAACGGCCUGCUGUUCAAAGAGCUGCUACAGACUCCAAACUUCAGAAUCACAGUGGUGGAUGAUGCUGAUACGGUGGAGCUGUGUGGAGCUCUGAAGAACAUCGUCGCGGUGGGCGCGGGCUUCUGUGACGGGCUGCGUUGCGGUGACAACACCAAGGCGGCUGUGAUCCGCCUGGGGCUGAUGGAGAUGAUCGCCUUCACCCGACUCUUCUCCAAGAACACCAACGUCUCCACGGCGACCUUUCUGGAGAGCUGCGGCGUGGCCGACCUCAUCACCACGUGCUAUGGCGGCCGCAACCGGCGAGUGGCGGAGGCCUUCUCGAAAUCGGGCAAGAGCAUCGAGCAGCUGGAGAAGGAGAUGUUGAAUGGCCAGAAGCUGCAGGGUCCGGCCACCUCGGCCGAGGUUUACCACAUCCUGCAGCAGAAGGGCCUGGUGGACAAGUUCCCUCUGUUCACAGCCGUCUAUCAGAUCUGUUUCCAGGGGAAGCCAGUCCAAGAGAUGAUCUCCUGUCUGCAGAGCCACCCGGAGCACAAGUGAUCCUCCGGUGGGCCGGAGAGCUCUUCUGGGCGCUUUCACACCAAGGUUCAGCAUGAAGUCCUGAAUGCUGUCGGGACAAUUCCAGUUAAACUCCGAGGGACAAGAUGCAAAAGGUUCCAGAUUUCUAACAGCGUUGUUCUUUGCAGGAAGAGUCUGGAAGAGUCGAGCCUGGUUUAGAUACCCGGCACUGUUUCCGCUCUGGUCAGCACUUCCCUCUCUCUGGCCCUCCGUCUCAUGAAUCAGCAGAAUCUAUUUUGAGAACAAAUCAUACUCAACCUUCAAAAAAUGACAAGCCGACAAGCGUCUUCUUUGGCGGUUCAGGUGCACUGCACUGUUCAGGCAAUCUGUUUGUUAACUUUAAACACAUUUGUGCGUGUUACUCAGAUGAGUUUGAUCAUUUAUUUUCCAAGGUGCACUGUGAGAGUGAUGGUGUUUGACGUAUGUUCUACGGUCUAUACUGCUGCACCAUGUUAUAAUGUACUGUAAUAUAAAAAUGCUGUCAAGUUCUCCUUUUACCUUGUCUAUUGAAAUUAAUAGACUCAACUACGAGUGUAGAGGGGUGAAGGAAGAGCUUGUGACUGUAAAUGAUGUCAGAGGCGCUGCAUCAUUCACAUUAUGUUACCAUUUGUGUGUUAUUUAAUUAUUUUAAUAUCCGGUUCGUCUUCAGCAAAUGUGACCAAAGGUUCUUGCGACAGAACAGUGGUUUUCUGUAAUGUGUUUCUUAAAUAUGAUCAUUCAGGUCCUGUCCAUCACUUGAGACAAAGAAAUAUGAGCUACUGGUCAGUAAUCUGCGUCGAACUGGUGUCCUUCAGUCAGGUCCUGUCCCAAUGCACCACAGCAGUGGCCAUUUACUUUGUGUCUCUUGGUAUUUGUAGCCUCACAGGGUUUGUAUUCAAACGUUUUCACUGCCACUCAGGUGAACAUACACUGCUGUUCAAUACAUAAAAAAGAUGUGUUUUUCUUUAAAGGACCCUCACCUUAUAUAUUUCUUGGUACUUCUUGUACUGUAAAUGUUAAUACUGAUCUACUUAAGUGUAUGUUAAUAUAAUUGACGAUCGAUGAACCAGCAUUAGCUCAGUGUUUGAUAUAUAUACAGGGUUUCUGUGAGCUUCUUUAAACUGCCAAGCUGUUGACAAGUAAGUUGAAAUAUUGUGUAGAGCUCAUUUCUAUCCAACUGUUUAUGCUGUAAUAGUGAAACGUAUUUGGUAAAAACGUGUACAUUAAAACGUUAAUCUCACCAAUGUUCUGUGAUUAUGUUCCAGCUAGUGAAUGUAUUAGAUGUAAUUUACGCAGGCUCAGAUGAUUCCGUAUUCUCUCUAGUGAGCAGCAGGGAGCGACUCCGGGCUGCAAAAAGAAGUCUUACUGUAUAGAAGUCUAUGGGAUCUACUUCUUUCUUUCUAAUUUCCUCAUUAAUCACUGUAAACAUGAGUGGUCUCAUUCUCUAAUUUAUUAGGGCUGGGCACGUUUCUGCGUUAUAAAUACGUUCAUUUAGCAAUACAUUAGUACCGACCAUUUCUCAAGUGUUGGCAGCAAUUUCUUUUUUAGCAUUGCACACAUUAACUGAGAAAUAGGUACUGCACUGUUUUCUGUGAGUAAACACAUUUGUAUUUCAUCUCUACAGAACAGAAAAAUAUCCAUCUAACUUCAUGCAUAAGUCAGAAAACCUAUUGUUUGAUGUAAAUGCAUCAAUGUUGUUUUGGUUGUUCUGAUGUUUUCAGAUGUUCAUGUGUUGAGUGUUCAUGAGAGAGCUACAAGGCUAAUGACGCUCUGAACUUUUUACCAUACUAUGCAUUCUGUUAUCGUUUUAAGGGUUUUGAUUUCAGAGUAAACUGUGUGGUGCUGUAUGUUUUCUUUCGUUUAUUAUAUUGGCAGAAGGGUUACCACCAGGGCCGGCCCUUCAUAUACCUCAACCAAGGCGACUGCCUAGGGUGCCAAAUUUGUGGGGGGCGCCCUCUAGUGGUGCCCGUAAUUAUUCUCUCAACAACAUUAACAAAAUAAAGUAAAAUAUAACCCUCUGGGCU